AUGAAAGAAUGGGCCGUGGGCGUAAUGAUCGAAGCUACAUCAACGUCAGGCGAAGAUAAUGUGGCAUGCACUGAGUUGAGCGGAUGUUUUAAAUGUCUGGAAUACGUUCAACUAUCGUUAACUCUCUUCGUUCGAGGUGAUAAUAUUCCGACGAAGUAUCAGAUCGCUACUGAAAAUGCUAUGCAAGUUUUGAAAGUGUUCAAGGAUAUCGAAAAACGAACUGAACGAUAUCGAUGCUGA